UUCGCCAUGCAGAAGUCAUUCAUCUUUGUCGUCGCGGUCGUCGCCUGUGUCGGAGCCAGCUUCGCAAAGGUGACGUGUUCUGAUCUUUGCCUAGACCUGGCAGAAAAGGCUAAUUAUGGGCUAUACCCCUAUUCGCACGAAGACCUAAUUGACGAAUAUUACGGAGAUGGCUGCGACGACGGUUGCCUACUGUAUCAGCUGACAUCGACCGUAACUCCUUUAACUGAGGGCGAAACUACAGAAGAAGACGGUGGAUCGGCUCGCAUUAGAGGGAGGUCUGCGUCCCACGCUAGACUCGCCUCUCUUCAUCACCGCCGUAAUCACCAGUAGAAGCAGAAAUUUGGGUCAAGAACUCGGGUAACAACAGCACCAUGUACGGAAAUAAACUGCACAAAAAUUAAAGAAU